AACUUUAAAAAUACUAGGCGGUCUUUUCAAAAUAUAAGUUUGUCAAAUAAUUAUUCUAAUAAUUUUUCGGUCUUGUAAUUUCAUAAACCUCAUUUAGUUGUUUACUUCGAUACCCACGUGUAUGUUAUAUAUAGAAAUAAAAAGUGUCAGGAUAGAAUUAACCUCUUCUUGUUGAUUCUUUAACCUAUUUUUGUCAUCGUAUUCUAUUUACAAUAUAAAUAAUAUAUUAUACAGAUAUGACUUUACGAAUAAAAUCAAUUAGAAAUUAAUACUAUUUAUGAUUUUGAUAAAUAUAAGUAAAUGUUUCCUAAUCAUUUAAAAAUAGUAUUAAAAUAUAGGUAGUUUUGUGCUGCUAACCUUCAUUGUAUAUAUAUUUUUAUAUGGUAACAAUAUUUGUAAUUUAUUACUAAAAAUAAUUUAUUUGGAAACUAAUAUGAGUAACUCAUUUGAAAAACUAAGGGUACUUGCUAUUCAUGGAUAUGCUCAAUCAGAUGUUAUUUUUAAAUCAAAAUUAGGUUCCUUGAGGAAAGGAUUUAAGAAAGAAGUAGAAUUUACAUUUUUAAGAGCACCGCAUGAAGUUCCAAUGAAAAGUAAUUUUGGUUCUGAUGGAGUAGAAAAAGGAUAUGGAUGGUGGUUUAAUACAGAAGAUCAUAUAUUUAAAGCAAUUGUUCCAAGCAAUUUAUCUGUAGGUUUUGAAGAUAGUACAGCUGUAAUUGAAAAGGCAUUUCAAGAAUCUGGUCCUUUUGAUGGCAUUUUAGGUUUUUCACAGGGUGCAGCAUUUGCAGUUUUACUGUGUUUUAUGCAACAAAAAAAUUUGUUGAAAAUCAAAUUUGAUUUUGCAAUUAUCAUAUCUGGAUUUAAGUCAUUAUGCACACCUCACACAAUGUAUUAUCGUGAAAAAAUAAGUAUACCUUCUUUACAUAUAUAUGGAGAGGCUGAUCAAGUUAUUUCAACAGCAAUGGCAGAAGAAGUUAGUGAAAUGUUUGUAAAUAAAACUACAAUAACUCAUGUUGGUGGUCAUUAUGUACCAAGCAAAAAGGAAUAUUACACAGAAUUUAUUAUAAAAAUGUUAGAACACAAAAAUAAAAAGAAUGCCUAAAUACU